AUGGUGAGUGUAAACAUGUGGCAGAACCAGAUGUGUCACCUUGUUGACGUACGAAGUAGAGGAUAAGCUUUGGGAGAAGUUAAACCUUACAACACUGACUUACGAUAAGUAUGAUUACAAGGUUUAGGUACUAUUUCGGAUUAUUCUCGAUGUUCUAAACCUGUAUUAAACUUAGUAAGGUAUCAAACAUCAUGCUCGGGAUUGUGUUAUAGUAAAACUGUCUUAUUGUAAUAAGAUCUAAGGUUAUUACAAAUAUUACAAGUAGCUUAAGGCAUUGUAAUGUGUAUACGUGAUGCUUUUUUACUAUAUAGGUAUGUUUUUUAGCUAUUUUUAUAGUAAUUUACAAGCAUUUUUUACCAUUACAUAUACUUAAGUAUGGUUUACCGAAAGAUUGAGUAAAGUUGUUAUGUCAAUUGCUUAUGGUCGUAUAUGCACUUUAGAGUUUGCAGAGAAUUAAGUAAUAUGUGAUUAUUGUAUGCAGAUAAGACGGUUGUUGUUAAUGUUAUACCUUACUUAUAAGUAAUUAAAUUUAAAUCCGGAAGUCAUUUUCUAAUUAGAUUCGGAUAAGCUUAUUCAAUUACAUUACUGUAAAGGAUAAUCAGCGCUUAACUGACAGACAUUGUCGUACCUUAUUUCAUGACCUCUUAAUGGGCAUGUCUGGAAGUGUUACACUAUAUAUAUUGUUUUUGUAAUGUCGUAGUAUCGUGGAUAAUAGUUUUGUGGAAUUACUUUUUAAGAUAUUAUACAUGUUACUUGUUGUGGAUGAGUCUAACUUGUGUUCCUUUACUGUUUUAAUGGUAAAGUUUGUUACGUUACUGUUCUGCCUAGACUUUUGUAAUUAAACGUACAGUUUAGAAUGCGUCAUACGAUGUUGUACACAAAAUUAUGUGGGUGGCACGAAAAUACCCAAAUAAGUAAUGCAAUAGUACAAGAAGUGAGGAAAGUGCACUGUGAGCCAAUUAAAAGAGAACCUGGAUGAGACACGAGUAAGAACAGUUUAAUGUGAGAGCGUUGCCUUGACUACCUGACUACAAUGUUUGGACAGUAAGCAGUAGAGUUAUAUUAUGAAAGGACGUGCGACAACAUUGGCUUCGGCUUAAAAUUGGCGGUAAACAAUUGUUACUACGAUUGGAUUACACUGCUUUACAUACCUUAUUCUUUAGCCGAACUGUAAUUCUAUUACUGCACAGUAACUACUCUUUAACUCAGUUAUCGUAGUCUCUCGCAUUAUUAACAUAAUUACCGUAUCCGAUCGCUUUACUUUGGUUUAUAGUACAAGUUCGUCACCGUGGUAGGUUUUAAGUUACAGACGGUUACAUUUGGUUCGCGAAGGUCGAGCAACUCGUUCUUUCGUUUAAGAUAACAUUGAUGAAACGUUUUGUUAAGAUUACUUCAAGAUACUAUAGAACGGUCCAAGAUUACCUUAACAUACGUUUAUUUAAUCACCUUAGUACCUGUUUUAAUGAUAUUUUAUUUAAAUUUAAAGUAAUUUAAACACACUUGGUUUUACUUUAUUAUUUACCGCAGUUAAUAAUACAGUAAAUGAUAAAGUUGCCCAAAAGAUGACAUUUUUCACAAUAUACUUAAAAUACAAAAGACAAUAAUAAUAUAAUGAUAUUAUGUAUAAUAUAUUGUUUUGCAAGUGACAUUUUAAAAUUUUGCUAAAUAAGGAUUAAAGGUUGGCAGUUUUAAUAUUUACGAGUUAUAGAAAUGUCACGGUGAUUAAGUAUUCACAGGUUUUGUGGACUCGUACUGUGUUCUACAUUUACACACUUUGAGUUUAACCGUUUUGUCUGGGGUCAAGAAGUAUAGAGAAACCUUAAGGUUUUAUAUGUAGUUGUAAAAGUUUUGUCGGUUUUUAACGCUAAUAUGAAAAUACGCUGACGACAAAACUUUUUCGAUUUUAUUUUGGAUGUUUCGUAUUUUAAAGACAACUUGUGCUUCAAAAUAUAAUAUAAUUAUUUAAAAAGUUUAAAAUAGUCAAAAUAAAUUUAAAUAACUAAAAUAUUAAAAUUUAAAGGCGACGCCAACAACUGAGGAAACUGCGUCGCCGUCGCCGCCUUUCAACCCAAAUGGACGUCGCUACAAGUUGUGUUGUUGUCAUGUCAAGACCUUCACAGUGACCUUCAGUAUCGUCGAGAUCUUUGUGAUAUGUUUCCUGUUGAUAGCCGUGUUACCUGACAUCAGUGCUCGACUCUGCAACAUUGUACUCGACAGUGAGUUGGAGCAAGUCAUAGACGACAACUACACAAUCAGCUUUACUUUCGACAACAUUACCAUCAACAGUCUGUUGUAAGUAUUAUUGAAUGUAGGGUGCAAGUAUUGCUAUAUUGGUUGGUUUUAGUAUUAUAAUAUGCUAAUAUAUACCAAGAUGACAUAUAUUAAUAUGACAAUAUUAAAAAUUAUAUUCUGAGUUUGAUAUUGUUUGGGAUAUUACUUUCGUCAGUACGGUAAUCUUAUCAAGAAUUACAUUUGAAGUUUGAAGAAGUCGGUGUAACAAUUGGAAGUUCUGAUUGUAUUUUAAUCAGUUUUAUCACCUUAAGGGCUACUGUAGCAUGUGCAGUGUGUGAGGAAGAUAGCGUGAAUUUGAAAUAAUCAAAAAUUGCUUUUUAUAUCUUAAAUUGUCAUAACUUUAAACUAAACUUGUAGUGACUUGGAAGGGUUCCAAGAUGCUGGAUGCAAGAUCAAUGGUUUUUGGUUUGCCUGGGCUCUGAUACAGCUUCUUACAGUAAACUUGACCUUCUAUGGAUGUAAAAAUGUACGGUGGAAGUUCCUAAUACCUCAUUUGUUUUUUAGGUAAUAUACUUUUGAUCAGUACUUAAUAUGUCAUAAUAUACAUACCUCAUAACCGUAAAACAUCAUAGUAAAAAAUUUGUGCUAUUACAGUAAUUACCUAAAAACAACUACUGUAUAAUUAACUGUAUAAGAUACUAUAGUAAUGUUGAUUGCAGGUUGAUGUGCACAUUACUCUUGCUCUUCUUGUUGACGUUGUUAAUCUUCUCGGUCGUAACAUACGAUGACGAGACAGCUUACAACGUAUUUCUAAUCUUUUUGAAUGUUAUUGGACUACUCUUUGUUGGUCUGUUGGUUGUAAGUGCACAUAAUUAGUUACAUUUAGUUAGAGUAAAAUGUAAAGGAUAGCAUAGUUAAUCCAAUGUUUAUUUAGUAUAUACGUUAAGGCGUGCGCUAUAAAUAGAUAUAUUAACUAUAGAAAAGCAUGUUUAUGUGUUUGACAGUCUUGUAAAUUAUAUAUAUAACAUAUAACUGCGUAUUUGCAUAUACAUGUGUACUGACUAUAGUAACUUCUCUAAGACAUUACUUUGUAACUCCAAAGAAUGCCAUAUUGAAUAACAGUUAAGCCCUUUCAGUUCGUCCAGGUACGAUGUGCAGAGAUGUUGAAGAAGUCGGCGGACAGUGGUUACAGUGUAACCAGUACUAGUAACUUCGCUCCACCAACUAUAUCACUGUCAGAUCGACGACAACCAGACAAUGCCAUAGUGAACCGAGAGGCCAAGAUCGACAGUAUACAUCAACUGAACGUGAUCAGCGAGGAAGAGAGUCCCACUCCUGAUGAGGUACCAUCACUAACACACAAGAAACUACCCCCGCUGCGACAUACCUACAAGCCUUGA